AUGGCUUUUCAAGCAUCUAUUCUUUCAUGGAUCUUGCUCGUAACAUGCUUUCAACAUGGCUACGAGGCAAUGGGCGAAACAAUUCAUGACGAAGCAAACAUGCAUUACGAUGUGCCAUUCAAACAGCGGCCUUUUGCGAUCGAAUCGCUCGGUGAAAAUGGAACCGCCUUGACAACUGAUGAUCAUCGAACUGCACUACAAGGCUGUUCACCGAUCUUCAACUUGAUCCAUGCAUAUAGUGUGCAGAGCUAUGCCAUCAGCAGUACAAGUCCCCUCAAAGUGGUCAUCGACAUUCGUAGCGUUCUCACAGGUGACGAGUUCUCAAUCGAAGGAUUAGUGUGCAGUUCUGGCUUCACUCAAUCUACAGCUGAUACUAUGUGUCGUAUGCUUGGUCAUCAGAACAGUGGAAACACUUUUUCCAGCUGGAGUGUUAACAGUAAUAUUGAAAAGUGUCGCUCACAACACCGAGUGUCGAAGAUUGAACGAUCUGGCACAUGUUACUAUAUGUUGAGUGGCGUAUCAUGUAACACUGGUGGUUCAAAUUUGUACUCAUGCUCCUUCUCGACAUCGUUCAACAACUAUUGUCCUACAGGAUGGGGAGUUCGACUUAUGUGCGGCUAA